UUCCGCUUCGUCCAGUCGCGGGACUUUUUGCCCUCUGCUCCCGGGUCUCUCAGGCGGGCGCUCCAGUGGGCACAGGCCCAGGCCCAGGCGGCGCUCCCUCCCUCUGCCUUACGCUUUCCAGCAGCCAAGAUCUCGGAAGCUUUGAAGCUCAGCAAAGAAGGUACAUCCAUUGAGAACAGUCUGUAAAGAUGCCCUCUUGGUUCUGCAGGGGAAUUCCUCAACCCAUCCUGAGAAAGUGUCCAUAAAGACAAGGAGGUAUCCCAGGACUACCUGCCUGCCUAUACCUGCCAUAAAAGCUUCGUGCACCCUGCCUUUGGGGGCUCCCAGGAGCAAGCAGUGGUCUGGAAGAUGAACUGUGGUUUCUUGAAGGAAGGAGAAAAUAUUUGAGUCCCAUAACCAACACAUUUACAAGUCACUUCUUAAGACUUCAACUGUGAGGAAAUGUCGUUCAGAUUUGGCCAACAUCUCAUCAAGCCCUCUGUGGUGUUUCUCAAAACAGAACUGUCCUUUGCCCUUGUGAACAGGAAGCCUGUGGUGCCAGGACAUGUCCUCGUGUGUCCACUGCGGCCAGUGGAGCGCUUCUGUGACCUGCGGCCCGAUGAAGUGGCCGAUCUGUUUCAGGCAACUCAGAGAGUCGGGACAGUGGUGGAGAAGCAUUUCCAGGGGACCUCUCUCACCUUUGCCAUGCAGGAUGGCCCCGAAGCCGGACAGACUGUGAAGCAUGUGCACGUCCACGUUCUUCCCAGGAAGGCUGGCGACUUUAGCAGGAAUGACAGCAUCUAUGAUGAGCUCCAGAAGCAUGACAAAGAGGAAGACGCCCCAGCCUCUUGGAGAUCAGAGGAGGAAAUGGCUGCAGAAGCUGCAGUGCUGCGGGUCUACUUUCAGUGACACGUGUAAAUGCUAGGCACGGAAGUAAGACAGACAAAUCCCAAGGCAUAAGGAAAUGGGCCUCAUUUUCUAAGACUCUGCAGCAUUGGAAAUGAAGCUAAGCAGACUUUAUUACAUCCUACAAUUCUGCAACCUUUUGUGAAGCAUUUUAUUGCACUUGUGGAAGCCAUCGGGGUUAUGUUUCAAUCAGGAUGACUGACAGGCUAACUUCAAAACAACAGCAUCCACAGCCCUUCCACACUUUCUUGGCUUGGUACUUAGAAUAGAACCUUUCCUAACUGGUCCCUUGGCUUGAAUAGAAAUAAAAUACUAGUUAAAAUAUUUAUCUCAUGUGUUUGCUAACUAAAAAUUGAUACUUUGGGCUCUCUGAAGGCACGACUGAGGAAGCCAAUCUCGUCAAACUACCGUGCCUCAUGUAAACCAAAGCAGAGAUAUGAAAUGAGAUUUGGAAAGCUUUGGAAAGCUUCAAUUUGGGUAGGUAAGAUAAUAGAACAAGAAAUGUACGACCUUUUCUCAGUUAUAUUCUCCUUCUGUCUUGGGUGCAGGACAACAGAGCUCAACGGACUUAAGAAGGCAACAUUAGCAUCAGAAAACAUGUAAAAACGAAAUAUAGCAACGUGACACUGUGGGGUGGGCUGCUUGA